AUGAAGUUUGUGGUAGUUAUUCUGUUGGCUGUCGCAGUGACAGCAGAACAGAAAAGGGAAGCUGAGCCCCAUUAUGGUUAUGGCGGAUAUUAUGGCAUUCCUUACCAUGCUUAUGGCUAUGGCUACGUGGUCCCUGGAGGUCAUGUGCAUGUUCACGCUGUAGCUAAACGUGAAGCCAAUCCCGAGGCUGAACCACAUCACUACGGCUACCCGUAUGGACACCUCUAUGCCCCGCACGCCCACUCCUAUGUUCAUACUCACGGCAUCGGCAAGAGGGAGGCUGAGGCCGUCCCUGAACCUCAUUAUGGAGGCUACAGAUACGGCUACCCGUAUGGACGCCUGUAUGCCCCACACGCCUACUCCUACGUCCACACCCAUGGCAUCGGUAAGAGGGAGGCUGAGGCCGAACCAGAGCCUCACUACGGAGGUUAUGGCUAUGGCCUUUAUCGACCUUAUGGUUUUGGUCUCUACCGCCCAUUUGGCCAUGGCUAUUACAGACCUUUCGGAUACGGAUACUAUGGAUAUUAG